AUGAGCAAAGACAACAAUGGUCAGAACAAUCCCGAUACUAUUCAAGUGUAUUGUCGUAUUCGACCGGUGGACGAAAGUAAAGCAAAUUAUUUAAUAGAUAAAUCAUUUGAACAAAGUGUAUUGCAUUUCCGAAAACCAAGAUCGAUCGAAGCAGGUCCUGUCAAUAAUUCGAUUGAAAGUUACAAUUUUCCUUUUACUGGCGUGUUCGAUCAAAAUGUCGAUCAAGAUGAAGUAUUUGAACGAUGUGCCAAAAAAUGUGUCAUGAGUGCUAUUGAAGGAUACAAUUCAACGAUAUUCGCUUAUGGUCAAUCCGGUUCGGGAAAAACAUAUACCAUGACAGGAGGAGAUGGAACUUAUGAAAAAAGAGGAAUUAUUCCAAGAGCUAUUUCUCUAUUAUAUGAAGAGGCAGAAAAAUCACGAGAUCGUGAAUUUUCAUUUUCUGUUGCAUAUAUGGAAAUUUAUAAAGGUCAUGGUUAUGAUUUGUUGAGUGACAAGAGAGAUGUCAUGCAUAUCAAAGACUUACCUAAAGUAAUUCCUAGAAUAGACGCUACUGGAAAUGUAGUGUUUCAAAAUAUUAUUUCAUUUCCAGUUAAAACUGAAGAAGAUGCUUUGGAUAAAUUAUUUAUUGGAGAUAAAAAUAGAGUAUUAAGUGAAACCAUGCUCAAUGAUGCCUCCACACGAUCUCACUGUAUAUUUACCAUCACCAUUGAAUCUAAAGAACCAGGAUCAUCCAUUGUCAAAUCCUCAAAACUUCAUUUGGUGGAUUUGGCCGGAAGUGAAAGAGUUCAUAAAACCAAUUCGAGUGGUGAAACUUUAGAAGAAGCUAAAAGUAUAAAUUUAAGCUUGUAUCAUUUGGAACGAUUUAUUUUAAGUAUUAGUGAAAAUCAAGAACACAUUCCAUAUAGAGAAAGUUUAAUUACAAUUGUCUUGAAGGAUAGUAUUGGUGGAAAUUGUAAAACCAUCAUGAUUGCAACUGUAAAUCCAUCCGAUCGACAUUUAGGUGAAUCAAUUUCAACUUGUAAAUUUGCCAUGAGAGUUGCAAGUAUUCGACAAAAUGCAACCAUUAAUGAGAAAUUAGAUCCCUAUGUACAAAUUAAGAAAUUGAAAAAGAGAAUUGAAGAAUUGGAAGAAGAAGUUCAAUUUUUAAAAGGAUCCUCUGUUGAUGCACAAAAGAGAGAUUCUCUCGACGGGAAUGAAAAGGCAAUUGUUAAAGAACGAGUAGAAGAUUAUAUUAAUGAUCCAGAUAGAGAUUGUUCAUUGAACUUGGGAGGAGAUCAUUUGAGAGUAAGAGAAGCUUUUUCUUUAUUGAAAGCAAUGAUUUUAGAUUUAAAGAAAAGUAUGAAUCAAAGUAGUAGUAGUAGUAGUAGUAGUAUGAAUAGUAGUACUACUCCAAACAUGUUGAAAUUUCAACAAUUACCAUCCAUGCAUCCAAAAAUGUUACAACAACAACAACAACAACAACAACAACAACAACCACUACCAUCUCUACCCUCCAAAUGGUCGAAUAGCAAUAACAACACCACCACCGCAUUCAUGGAUCAAAAACCAUCACCACUCAUUCCAGAUGAUCUUGCAGAAAAACUUAAAAAUCUCACUGUGGCCAUUGAAUUGAGAGAUAUUGAAAUUGAUAUUCUCGUAUCCAUGUUAAAUAAGAAACAGAGAAAUUUGUCUGAAGUUUCCAUUCAAACUGAUUCGAAUGAUUCCUUUGCACAAUCUCCCUCUUCUUCACUUCUCUCUUCUCCUAAAUCUCAUUCAAGAAACAAUAGGACUCAUUCGAAUACCUUCAACUCUUCACCUCUUCUUCACUCCUCCUCCUCCAUGAAUAUAUUCACUUCACCUCAUUCAUCUUCUUCCUUGAACUCGAUUCAACAUUUAGAGAAUAUUCACAAACAUUCCAAUCAUUCUACAUCCUCCAACUGUUCCAAUGUUGAAAGAAAACCACUUGCAGAAAUUGUGACCAAAGAAGUCAUUCGAGAACGAUUAAAAGAAAAAGAAAAAUCCAUUCUCUCACAAACAGGAGACACUGCACCCAAAAUAAGUAAUGAGAAAAUUGCCAUUCUUGCUGAUGCUACUGGAAUGAGAAAACGAGCAGAAGCCUUUGAAGUAUUUCGACAAAAAUAUCGAAAUUACAAUGUCAUUGAAAAGAAUAAGAACAUUUUGGGAGAAAAAAUUGCUCUUGCCAAAGACAUUGCAAAAGAAAUUAAUGAAAAGAAGAAUGCCAUCGAUUCUCUCAAGAAUAGACUUAUUCAAUUAAGAACAGAGAGAGCAGCACAAAAUCUAGUCAAGAGUCAUCAUUCAGAAUCAGAGGAGGACUCUGAAAAUGAUGAAAAUGAAUUCCCUGAAGAAGUGGAAUUGAAAAAAUUAAUUUUAGCAGAAAGAGAUCGACAUCAAUCAAGAUUCAAUGAAUUGAAAGAACUUAAAAAAGAAAUUGAACAUUUGAAACGAGUGUUAGAAAUGAGUCGAGUGAGAUUGCAACAAGAUUUUGAAAAUUGGUAUCAAACUACUCAUCUCAGUGAUCAUGAUGGAACAAACAAUGAUUCCUCAGAAGAUGUUGAAAGUCAAAGUGUGAUCAAGACAAUGAUGACUAGUUCUUCUUCUUCUUUGAAUGCUCUCCAAAACAAUACGAGUGGUGGUAGUAGUAGUAGCAGUAGUGUUGGUAGUGGUAGUAGUGUUGGUAGUAGUGUUGGUAGUAGUGUUGGUAUGAGUAGUAUUAGUAGCAAUGCUUCACGUGAAUUACCAUCCUUCCCAGUUUCACCCAUUCAUGGUGCUUUGACAACAGGAAACAUGAAAAAUUCCAAUCGAUUCUCCAUGAUUCAAGAAGAUCCACCAAGAAAACCCAAACAAGCUUGGACAGAGAAGAAUUCUCAAUCCUCCUCAUCUUCAUCCUCUUCGUUGAUACAAUCAAAAAAGAGUCCAACAAAUGCAUUCAUGAUGAAUGAAGACUUACUGUUCAUGAAUAACAACAACAACACCAACAACAACAACAACAACACUCAGCGCACACCACAUGCACCAUCAACAACAACAACUCUAAGUGAAGAGAAUCCAUUCUUUAAGAAAUUGAGAGAACAUGUAGCUGAGCAGAGUAGCACGAGUUCAACUUCUUCCACCACUCAAAACCCAUCCAAGAGAAUGUCACUCUUGCAAAAAGCUUACAAGAUUUAA